GACUUGUGACUUGACUUGAGACUUGUUGGCCUUGAUUUGUGACUCGAAUUGGGACUUGACUGCUGUUUUUACUUGGGCCUUGACUUGGACUUGAGGACAAAGACUUGAGACUUCCAAAACAAUGACUUGGUCCCACCUCUGCUAUAAGAUUUGUUGGGCCCCUCAUGACUUAUUCUACCUUAAUGUACUCUUUUGUUUUGACAUAUUUCAGCAACAUUUUUGUUUUUUAGACUUUUGGAGAAGUCUGAAAACAUCACUUGGAGCUUUCCGAAGUAUUUGGGUCCCUUUUUUGUUUCUUCUACACUUUGGCCAGUCCUUACAACAGAUGAGCCCCAAAUCGACCUCCAAUUGGACAAUCUUGUCUUUCGCUCUUCCCAUUGAUGGGGUUUUAUAUCAACAGUGUCAGAGGUGCUGGCAGCACGCUCCGCAUGGCGUGAUGUCGCCCGUCUCAUUGUGUCAACAGGAGACACCCAGAUGCUCCCGGAUAUGCUGAAGUACUUUGAGCCUUUCUGCAGCUUUGCAUGGCUCAAUGCGAUGCUGUAACAGCUUUCUUUGAUAUUUUUGGACGAGGCCUGGAAGUUAAGUAGAAUGCAUGACUCAUAUCCUCACAGCUCGUGCUCUUAGUGUUUGUUCUCCACGCAUGAUGUAAGGAAAAACAUGUUUUUUUCUUUCUCUGCUGCAGAGGCUCAUCUCCACAGCGGAGGUCAAAAAACGAUCCGCACAGAUAAUGUCCUCAUCCUGUAGGGGGACUGAGAGCAGUCUGAAAUCUUCACUCCCUCCGGUACGCUCAAAUGCGCCCUGGAUUACCAACCAAGCCACCGUGAAGUGGGACACAUGUGGCUGAUUGAGGAGCAAGCAGUUUUCCUCUCUGAUGAGAACAAGCAGGUCUGCUGCGCUGCUGUCCUCAAACACUCCUCCUCCUCCUCCGGAUGCUGCUCCUCCCCCUGAGCUUCAUCCCACUCCUCCACCUCUUUCACCUCCUGUUAAAUGUUCUCCAGGACUCGGAGGCAGCGUGAGGCUUCUGUCUGCGUGGGAACUCCAGAUUAUGGCUGGCGACGAUUAAAGGAGCGCUCCUUCAGUGGACUUACUAAAAGUUUCCUUUCACCUUUGUGAGCGUCUACCUGACCGCCGGAGAGACGAGGAGUUUGAGAGCGACCCCGACCAGCUGUUACGCUCUUCCUCCUCUCUCAGAGAGCAGCAGGAAGCCUCGCAGCUGACAAACUUCUCCAGACGCGACAGCCUCGCUCAUCGCAGACUGAGGAGCAUGACGGGCUCUGCCAUGACCUACCUGUGUUUGCAGAGAGUGCUUUUCACCUCGCUGGAGAGGAGGGCACGGAGCGAAGGAGCGAGGCGAGCGCUGUGAGGCGGAGAGGGCGGCGUGUUUGGCCAACGCCACACAGGGAGGACACCUCGCCCCUCAUGGAGCCUGAAAGCAUCUCUUCUCAUUUGUAGCAGCGACUCGUACGGCAGCGCCAUGAACAGCUCGUCUGGUAACGGUACACACGUGCAGACGCACAGCCUCUGGGAGGUCAUAACCAUUGCCACGGUGUCGGCCAUCGUCAGCUUGAUUACCAUCGUUGGAAACAUGCUGGUAUUGCUGUCCUUCAAGGUGAACAGCCAGCUGAAGACUGUUAACAACUAUUACCUUCUGAGUUUAGCCUUCGCAGACCUCAUCAUUGGAGUGCUGUCCAUGAACUUGUACACCACGUACAUCCUGAUGGGGUACUGGUCCUUGGGGAACCUGGCGUGUGAUCUCUGGCUUGCAGUGGAUUAUGUGGCGAGCAACGCUUCAGUCAUGAACCUCCUUGUUAUCAGCUUUGACAGAUACUUCUCUAUCACGAGGCCGCUGACCUAUAGAGCUAAGAGGACGCCGAAGAGAGCCGCCAUCAUGAUCGGCCUGGCAUGGCUCGUAUCGUUUGUGCUUUGGGCGCCACCCAUUCUCUGCUGGCAGUAUUUUGUAGGGGAGAGGAAAGUGCCCAUGGACCAGUGCCAGAUCCAGUUCUUGACCGAGCCUGUGAUCACCUUUGGGACAGCCAUCGCUGCUUUCUACAUCCCCGUGUCGGUGAUGACCAUUCUCUACUGCCGCAUCUACAAGGAGACCCAGAAACGGACUAAAGAUCUGGCAGAGUUGCAGGGGCUCACCAAGGGUCACAUCCCAGAUGGAACCAAACCCCAAAAGACCAUCAUCCGCUCCUGUUUUCAUUUCACCAGAGAGAGGAGGGACCAGAACCAAGCCUCCUGGUCUUCAUCCAAUCAAAGCAAUGCCACCAGAACUACCAGCAGGUCGGAUGACAGCUGGGCAAAAGCUGACCAGAUCACCUCCUUGAACAGCUACACAUCAUCAGAGGAGGAGGAGCACCACGUUUCUAAAGACACGCCACAAGGCUCGUUCAAAGACCCACAAGGACAAAGCAGUAAGAACGGGCAGGUUCCUGACCUCACAGAUGAUCAAUACUUUUCCAGUCCUCAGAAGAAGAACCAGAGGAAGUCCAUCUCUUAUAAAUUUAAGCCUGGCACAAAAGGAAAAACCCCAACAACUCCUGAGCAGCUGGAAAAGAACGCCUCCCCCUCCUCCAGCACCUCCAAACCCAUGGACACCGCCCUGAAGAACCAGAUCACCAAGAGGAAGAGGAUGGUCCUAGUUAAGGAGAAAAAAGCUGCACAGACUCUGAGUGCCAUCCUCCUGGCAUUCAUCUUGACUUGGACGCCAUACAACAUCAUGGUGCUCAUCUCCACCUUCUGCGCUGAGUGCAUUCCCACCUCCCUGUGGCACCUGGGCUACUGGCUGUGCUACGUCAACAGCACCAUCAACCCCAUGUGCUACGCUCUGUGCAACAAGACCUUCCAGAAGACCUUUCGCAUGCUGCUGCUCUGCCAAUGGAGGGCGAGGAGGAGAGGCGAGGACAAGCUGUACUGGAGCGGAGCCAACCCCAACAACAAAGUGACCUGAAGCUUCAGGCCUCAUGGUGUUUGCUGGUGGAAAAUCAAUGGAACCUGGAGUUCCUUUACAGUCAGAGCUGAAGAGCUGAGCUGGUACAAAGUCAAUUUAGCCGUUUCCAGGUGGUUUCAAAGAAGUUUUGAAGGUGUAAAAACUUUCACCAUGAAGAUGUUAGUUCCUGGUUUAUGAAGAUGUUGCAUUACAUGGUUAUAGGUAGUGAGAUGGAACAUGGAAAUGAAAGGAAAAGAAAAAUGGAUGCAUGUUGUUUACAUGCAUCUAUCGACUGUAUAUGAGAACUGGACUGAGUGACUCCUCCCCCUUUGCAUUCCAAACAGGAAGUACCCACUGGUUUCAACAAGCCAAAAUCCCAUAGACUUCUAUAGAGAAAGCUAUUACUCAGUAAUUCUAUUUGUUGAUAAUUCUCGUUUUUUUCUUUUUUCCAUAUUUUUUCUAUGUAGUUCAAGUUAUAAACAGACCAAUCCGAUGCCUCAAUAACAGUAAUCUCGCGUCAACCAUUGCGCUUUCAAGUGGUAUGGGUGUGGCCUCCCAACAAGCUCACUCCUGACUGCCAUAGAAGCGACCAAUCACUGCUUACUGACCACAUCUGGUUCCAACAUUGUGGCGUCCAUAUACAAACAAAAUGAUGACAGAAUUGACUUAAUUUGGUUGUACCCAGAAGUAAACCAUUUUCUAUGGGUGACAUCACCAACAGUUGCUCCAGUUCUCACAUACAAUCAAUACAAACAUAAUAAGUUAUAGUUCUUUCUCAUUUCAUUACUGACAUUCCCCAAAUGGUUCCUUUCUGAGUUUUGUGAAAUAUUUCUUCCAAGUCUAAGAAUGAGUAUGUCUUAAUUGUUUUAAAAUUCAUUUUGUUGUGACUUUAUGAGGGGUUACAUUGGAAAACCCGCCCUUACAGUUUCCAUGAAUGUAUAACAGCAAACUUCUGUUUGGUCUUUAGAAAUUAAAGUUGAAAAUCCACUAGAACAGACACAGUGAAAAUCCAAAACACAAUCA